UUAUCGACGUGUAACAAUCAGUCGUCAGAGGUCAGGAUGAACACGUGAAGGCAACAAAAGUUCAGUCUACUCCACAGACUUUGUGACAUCUGUGACCAACCAUGGAGGAAAAACGGAGCAGUACGGACACCAAGUUUGCUCCAGAGCCAGGGGGAGCACCACGUGACCAGAGCCCAGUGGAAAUGAUCAGCAGGCAGAUGUCAGAGCAGAGCCGCUUUGCCUACGCUGCCCUGUGUGGUGUCUCUCUGGGACAGUUGUUUACUGGACCUGAAAACAGUGUGUUCAGGGAGCAGUAUCUCCAGGGCUUGGUCCGCUGGCUGGAUCUAGAUGAGUCUGUGAUGCCGGUUAUGGGGGCUUUCCUGUCUGGUCUGGGAUUCGAGGGCUCCGACACCUUCCUCUCCAUCCUACAGGCCGAACCACUGCUGGCUUCUGGUGCCACCCCCAUCAUACAGGAUCUGGUUUCUUUUUCUGUCAACGGCGGCCAGUAUGACGCCAGAGCGAGGGUUCUCAUCCGUCACGUCAGCUGUCUGCUGCGAGUCCUUCCACAGCAGCUGGAGGAGUUUGAGGAGACGCUGGGAGAGAAGCUGAGGGAGGCAGGAGAGGAGAGCGAAGAGGAAUCCUCUCGCCGGCUGAAGAGAGAACGAGGGCGAAAGUUACGACGCUACCUCCUCAUUGGACUAGCCACCGUGGGUGGAGGAACUGUGAUUGGUGUGACAGGUGGGCUGGCAGCCCCGUUGGUGGCAGCAGGGGCCGGUGCUGUGCUGGGAGCUGGAGGGGCCGCUGCUUUGGGCUCAGCCACUGGCAUUGCAAUCAUUGCCUCCCUGUUCGGAGCAGCAGGAGCUGGAUUGACUGGCUAUAAGAUGAAUAAGCGUGUGGGCGCGAUAGAAGAAUUUGAAUUCCUGCCACUGAACUCAGGGAAGCAUCUUCACUUGACCAUUACAGUGACAGGUUGGCUCUGCAGUGGUAAAUAUAGUUCGUUCCAGGCCCCGUGGUGCAGCCUGGGCGAGUGCGGGGAGCAGUAUUGCCUCGUGUGGGAGUCACGUUUCCUCAGGGAUCUGGGCUCAGCCAUGGCCUCUCUGUUGGACGGGCUGGUCAGCAUGGUGGCCCAGGAGGCGCUCAAGUACACAGUGCUCUCAGGCAUCGUGGCUGCCCUGACGUGGCCUGCGUCUCUGUUGGCUGCAGCCAGCGUCAUCGACAACCCCUGGUGCGUUUGUCUGAACCGCUCAGCCGAGGUGGGGAAACAUCUGGCACAGGUUUUGAGAAGCAGGCAGCAGGGGAAGCGGCCUGUCAGUCUUAUAGGUUUCAGUCUUGGGGCAAGAGUUAUCUAUUACUGUCUACAGGAGCUUGCCAAUGACCAAGGUAGUGAAGGAGUAGUGGAGGAUGUGGUGCUCUUGGGAGCCCCUGUUGACGGCACUGAAAAGGCCUGGGAGAGAAUGACCAGGGUAGUGGCUGGGAAAAUAGUGAACGGCUAUUGCAGAGGGGACUGGCUCCUGGGGUUCUUGUAUCGAAGUUCAUCUGCACAACUGUCCGUUGCCGGGCUACAGCCAAUCAACAUCCAGGAUCGGCGUAUAAUUAAUGUGGAUCUUUCCUCCGUGGUCAACGGUCACUUGGACUACAUGCGUCAGAUGGACACCAUCUUGGUGGCAGUGGGAGUUCCCACUAAAGAAGUCCCAGGAGCUUCUUUUGCUCUUCCUUACCCUGUAACAGUCACUCAGACAGUGGACAUCCCUGACCAAACCCCCAAGGAGCAACAAGUCACUGAGACACAAGCCGAGGAGGCUGAGACUGGUACAGAGGAAAGUGGGGACGUGAAAGACGUGGUGGAGACAGGUGAUGGUUGGGAUAUCCCUGAUAUUUCAGACCUGCUGGACUUAAACGAUACAGAAUCGGAGAGUCAAGACAGUGUCAGGAACAAUUUACAACUUGCGUCUGAGGAAAAUGCCACUAAUGACGACACAGCCUCUGCUUCUAAUGCCCCAUGUGACGGUGUAGAGGAGGCUGACCCUGAUAAUGAACACAUAUCAUGGAGCUGGGAUGAUACACACUGGACUACAGAGCACACACACAAACAAAGGCAGCCAGACUUGUAAAGAGCAUGUUACAGGACCAGCUGCUUCCCUAUAAAAUCUCAUCUUCUUUUUUUCCUUUAUGGAGAAAACCUUGCUUUGUCGAACCAUAAAACCUUAUUUUUAGACUGUUAAACUUUGUAAAUGAAAUUAAUGUUUUUUACAAAUUGUCAUAAUUUAUUUAACCCACUGUGAGAUCACAUUCCUGUAAAUAUUACUCAUGCUUUGCAAGUUUUAGAGGAUGCUGCCAAGGAGGUGAUAUCUCUGUUCCUCUCGUCCUUCUAAUUUUCAUUCAUUGGCUUGGUUGCUAUGGAUAUUAUCACAGUAAUUUGAUUUCGACAAGGCCGCGGGCGAUUCAGUGGAUGUGGGGUUUUUUAUUCGAGCCUUUUGUUUCUCUCUCUGACCCAUUACAAUGUGACAAAGCACUGACUUCUGUCUAGUUUACAAAGAAUUAAGUUACAUUGUAUACUGGCACUGACAUUUGGAAAUAGUAUUUCCAUGUUUGUUUGGAAAAGAAACAUAAUUAAAGCUAGAGAGAAGGUGGAGCUUACUACAUGUAUGUCCUCAAACAUUAUUCUGUGACCAUAAAGAUAAUUUUAAAUUUG